GUGCAAAUGACGUCCACACAGAUCUUCACCUUCAACCCUUCAUAUCUGCAUGGCGCAGAAACUGAAAAAGCUUCUCUUCCUUCUCUCUCCCUCUCUCUGUCUUUGUUUUUUUUUUUUUUUUGCCUAAAACUUUCGGUUACCUAGUUUUCAUACCUCUGACAUCUUAGAUCAGCAAAAUACAAUCUCUUCCUCGCUCCAUUUAUAUAUUAUUUCUUCAUCAUCGAGUCCGUACAAAAUAUCUGUAAUCAGCCAACUUGUCUUCUCUGUUUUCCGUUACUCCCUCACCUAUAAACUCAUAUAUGGACCGAACUUGUAGUAAUAUCACUUCGAGAUCACCAUUUUGCCUCGCAAUUGUCGGCGGUGGAGAUGGAAUCGACUGAAGAUCGCAUUCUACCCACAUCCGAUUUGAAUGAACUACAAAGCACAGAGAUGCCUGGUGUCCAGGGUGACCAUAAUUCUGUUGUACUUGCAACUAGGUUGGAGAGGCUUUUGAGAGAUAGGGAAUUAAGAAAAUCCAGCAGGUCUCAUCAUUCAAAUGAAGGGGUAAGAGAUGGUUGUGCACCUGAUUGUGAGAAAAGCCCUCAAAAGGAAAAAAUUGUCGAAGGAAUUGCAGCAUCAAAAACGCCUGGUGAUGUCAAGGAAAGGAGAGAUGGAUGUCCUCAGAAGCAACGGUUAUUAGUGGUGGCAAAUCGCUUACCAGUAGCUGCAACAAGAAAGGGCAAGGAGUCAUGGACUCUUGAAGUUAGCGUAGGAGGCCUAGUCAGUGCACUUUUGGGUGUUGCUGAAAUUGAAGCAAGAUGGAUUGGGUGGGCUGGUGUGAAUGUACCUGAUGAAGUUGGACAGAGAUCACUUUCCAAAUCUCUCGCGGAAAAGAGGUGUAUCCCGGUUUUCCUUGAUGAAGAUACUGUUCAUCAGUAUUAUAAUGGUUAUUGCAACAACAUAUUGUGGCCUCUUUUCCAUUAUCUUGGACUUCCACAUGAGGAUCGCCUUGCAACCACACGCAGCUUCCAGUCUCAAUUUGCUGCAUAUAAGAAGGCCAACCAGAUGUUUGCUGAUGUUGUUAAUGAGCAUUAUAAAGAGGGUGAUAUUGUGUGGUGCCACGAUUACCACCUCAUGUUUCUUCCCAAAUGUCUAAAAGAGCGUAACAAUGAAAUGAAGGUUGGUUGGUUUCUUCAUACACCUUUCCCUUCCUCUGAAAUUCACAGGACACUGCCUUCUAGAUCAGAGCUUCUGAGAGCUGUUCUUGCUGCUGAUUUGGUUGGCUUUCACACUUACGAUUAUGCAAGACACUUUGUUAGUGCCUGCACUCGUAUUCUUGGACUGGAAGGAACACCUGAAGGGGUGGAGGAUCAAGGAAAGCUUACUCGAGUAGCUGCGUUUCCUAUUGGGAUAGAUUCUGAUCGUUUCAUUCGAGCACUUGAGCUUCCUGUUGUUCAGUAUCACAUCAAAGAGUUGCAAGAAAGAUUUGCUGGACGAAAGGUGAUGUUAGGGGUAGACCGUCUUGAUAUGAUUAAGGGAAUUCCCCAAAAGAUCUUGGCCUUUGAAAAGUUUCUCGAAGAGAACCCGGACUGGCGGGAUAAGGUAGUUUUGCUGCAAAUUGCGGUACCAACAAGGACUGAUGUUCCUGAGUAUCAGAAAUUGACAUGUCAGGUUCAUGAAAUUGUUGGACGCAUUAAUGGAAGAUUUGGAUCUCUUACAACCGUUCCGAUUCACCAUUUGGACCGAACUCUGGACUUUAAUGGAUUGUGUGCAUUGUAUGCAGUAACUGAUGUGGCUCUUGUUACGUCUUUGAGGGAUGGGAUGAACCUUGUCAGUUAUGAAUUUGUCGCCUGCCAAGCUUCAAAGAAAGGGGUUCUCAUUCUAAGUGAGUUUGCUGGAGCAGCACAGUCACUUGGUGCUGGAGCAAUUCUGGUAAAUCCAUGGAACAUUACUGAAGUAGCUGCUUCUAUUGAUUAUGCUUUAAAAAUGCCUGCCCACGAAAGAGAAAAACGUCAUCACCUCAACUUCAUGCAUGUCACAACUCAUACAUCCCAAGAAUGGGCUGCAACUUUUAUUAGUGAACUCAAUGAUACUAUUGUUGAAGCUCAGUUGAGGACCAGACAAAUACCUCCUCCACUUCCUACCAACGCUGCUAUAGAGCGUUAUAUGCACUCAAAUAAUCGAUUGCUUAUACUGGGAUUCAAUGCAACAUUAACUGAACCACUGGAUUCCCAAGAAAGAAGAAUGGAUCAGUUAAAAGACAUGGAGCUUAAGUUGCAUCCAGAUUUAAAAGAACCAUUAAAACGGUUAUGUGAUGAUCCAAAGACAACAGUCGUUUUGCUCAGUGGCAGUGACAGAAAUGUUCUUGAUGAGAACUUUGGUGAAUAUAACAUGUGGUUAGCAGCAGAACAUGGGAUGUUUUUGCGUCUUACUAAGAGUAACUGGAUGACAACAAUGCCAGAGAAUUUACACAUGGAUUGGGUUGACAGUGUGAAGCAUGUAUUUGAGUAUUUCACUGAGAGGACACCUCGCGCUCAUUUUGAGCUUCGUGAGACAUCACUUGUAUGGAACUAUAAAUAUGCAGAUGUUGAGUUUGGGAGGCUUCAAGCAAAAGACUUGUUGCAACAUCUUUGGGCAGGGCCAAUUUCAAAUGCUUCAGUAGAUGUGGUUCAAGGUAGUCGAUCUGUUGAGGUCCGAGCAAUUGGGGUUACCAAGGGUGCUGCAAUUGAUCGUAUUUUGGGAGAAAUAGUACAUAACAGUGAUGUGAAAGCACCCAUUGAUUAUGUCUUAUGUAUUGGUCACUUUCUUCCAAAGGAUGAGGACAUUUAUACAUUUUUUGAGCCAGAGCUUCCAGUUGGGCCAUCUGCAAGUGCGAGGGCGAAAAUGGGAAACCCCGUGAAUAAAAAUAUUUCAAAUCCUUUAUCAGGUAAAGGCGGGGGGGUUAGGGAGCCAUGCAACAAAAACCUGGAGCCCUGUUUAACUUCAGAAAAGAGGUUCAACAGUGAUGGAAAUGAAAACGAAAAUUGGUGGUCUAUGAUGCGUGAGAAAAUGACACUGCAUGAAGGGUCAUCGGUUCUUGAUCUGAAGGGCGACAACUACUUCUCUUGUGCAGUAGGCCGGAAGUGCUCUAGCGCCAGAUAUCUUCUCGGGUCAUCUGCUGAUGUUGUAGCUUUACUUAAGGACCUUUCAGAUUGCUCGUAGGGGAACAUCUCUGCUGCCUCGAGUUAAGAACUCAUUCUCAGGUUCUCUUUGACAGCUUCACCGGCCAUGUCUGUACAGAGAAGUAAUAAGAGGCAAGCCUAUGGACUUAAGUGGCAGAAUUGAAGUUGCUCCAACAGGGCCGGUUGUAAUUAUAGGAUAUUAGGAGUUAAGAAAAAGGGAUAAUGCUACCUUUCUGAUCUGCUGUAAAUUACGUUUAAGAAAAGUUGUGUUGAAGCCUAGUGCAUAAUAGCUAGUUUACUUAGUACCAAAACUCAUGCAUAGUGCUUUAACUCCUUGCAUAAUACCUAGUUUACUCUUUGUUGAUUG